GAGACAGAGAGAAGAAACGAGUUCUCGGAUGCAGGAGAAGCGGAAGUUUGAUUCGUUCACGGGUUUUCCUCGACUGGUCUGUCAUCAACUAUAAAAGCAAACGCAAAUCAACCUUCCAACAGUUAAGCUUCUACGUUCGGAUACACAAAGGAGAGACAAAAUAUUGCGGAUAAAUUUGUAGAUACGGUUAAAAGUCGCGAAAUCGAGCAUUAUGUGGAUGCUUUACGUAGCGUUGGUUGCCGCGUUCACUGGAAGCCUGAUCGCGUCUCCACAGAGGUCUUCGGAAGUGGAUGGAUUCGUGUUCGAUGGGCCAAUUUCCGGUGAUAGGACUACGGAGAACGUGGUGACGACUUCAACAACUUCGACACCGAGCACAACCACAACCACGGAUGCACCUGUUUCAACAACGAUGGAUUCCGCAUGCAUCAGUAGAUGUCCGACAACGUUCGAAUAUAAUCCGGUUUGCGGGACCGACAACGUCUUGUAUCCGAAUCCAGGACGGUUGAAUUGCGCGUCGUUGUGCGGUAAAGGUGUGUCGAUACAGCACUUUGGACCCUGCAGGACUGCGAGCUCAAGGGGAUAGUCGUUCCUGGAGCUUUGCUUCGCAAAAAGAUCGCCGGUCGAAUAAAAACCUGAUUUUGAAACGGA